UCUCGUGUCUGCGUGCGACAGUCCCGGUGCUGCUGCGGGGAAAUGGAUCAUUAACAAAUAUCAAAUGUAUUUUCUUCCUCAUGUUUUGGACAUUAUGAACUUUUCUCGGUUAAAUGAGCCGGCAGGAGUAGGAUAUGGGCAAAUUCCAGUCCAAACUUGCUUCGAAACGCAGACAGAGUCCUGAAGGUGGGAGUUUGGCGUCCAGUGUGUUAACCUGUCAGAGGGAGCUGGAGCACAUCCACACUCACAAAAACGAUCUGACAGAGUUUUCUCAGGACGUGUGCAGAGAAUUGAGGAGAAACUCAAAGCUUGAUCAUAACUGCCACCUCAAGGUGGUUCUGCCAACAGAGAAGGGAUCUGAUCGGGACAACAGCAUUCACUCCCCAAUAAAUAAACAGACGAAGAAGAGAAACAGCCAUGUUGGUGACACAGAGUUGCUUGAGGACGACUCCCUGGAGGAGUGGGUUUUCACGCUGUACAACUUUGACAACAGUGGCAAGGUCACCAAAGAGGACAUGUCCAGCCUGAUACACUCCAUGUAUGAAGCUCUAGAGGCAUCAGUGAAGCCACCUCAUGGUGGCACCAGAGCACUGAAGAUCAAGCUAGUUGUAACUCCAUCAGCUAAUAAACACAAGACAGGAGCAGAGAAGCAGCAGAGUGCGUCUCAGGAGGCUAGAAGUCCAGUAAGGAGAGUCUAUUGUGUGGAUGAAAAUAUAGAGCGCAGAAACCACUACCUGGAUCUCGCUGGCAUUGAAAACUAUACCUCCAAGUUUGACAAUACAGAAUCACCCUAUCAGGAGCCCAGACAGGGUGUUCACUCAGUUCUCCAGCACCAUCCUGUGGUGGUUAGAGAGAACUGCAUCUCCCCUGGGUCUCCCAGAGGCCUCUCUGUCCUUCAUUCCCUGAAAGGCAAAGCAGUGUCGGCGGGGAGAGACAGGAAUGGCGUAGAGGGAAAGUCCUGCAGGUUACAUGGACAACAUCCUGCUUCAUGGUGUCAGCCUCCAGCUCAUACUCACCUGCAGCGUUCCCACAGCAGGAGGCUUCGCACCAGGUUACAAGAUGCCACCUCGCCCUUUAAAGACAGAGAAAUAUUUAACCUUCAGCCCUCCUGUGGAGCCUCAGCCCCUCUGGCCAAGAGACAUGAGCACCAUCACCACCAUGAGCACCAUCAUCAUCACCAUCACCACUACCACCCUUCAUAAAUGCAUUUAAGACACAUAUGGGGCUGGAUUUAAGCUUAGUGACAACAACUACUCAACAACAGCAAGACGUUCAGCAGAAGUAACAUUUCCUUGGACAUAAAAACAGCUGUUUAUACUAUAUA